CUUUGUGAUGCACAUAAUUUAUGGCCGAGAAGAUCGGGAGCAACAGGUUACACAGGAAUUUUGGGAGCCGACGACUUACAUGCCCGUCUCUGGGUAUUUAAGCCCUUGGCCCGGUUUUGGGGGACAACAGUUGAUACGUUCCUACAGUUACGGAAUGUUCCAAUACUUGGCCUUUGUCCUGCUGAUUGGUGGUUGUGUGGCCACCGAUGACGAUGCCCACGCCCAUGUGGCAAAGCAGUACAAGCAGGAGGACGGACAUGGCAAGUUCUCGUAUGGCUUUGACAUAACCAAUGGCAUUGGAGCCGGCGAGGCUGGGGAUGAGCACCAGGUGAACGGCGAGUACCACUUCAUUUCGAAGGAGGGUGUGCCCGUAAAGGUAUCCUACACGGCCGAUCAGCACGGCUAUCAUCCGCACGGUGAUCUGCUGCCCACACCACCACCCACACCGGAGGCGAUUCUACGGGCUCUGGCCUACAUCGACGCCCAUCCCAAGAGGGAAGAGCAGCGUCCUGUUCAUCACCAGGCUCCACAUUCGCAUCCAGUGCAUCCCCAGCCGCCUCGCUCCCAUCAAGGGCAUCACCCAUCGCAUACAGUGCAUCCAACGGUCAGUCCCCAUGGCCACCAUCGCCUCCACUGA